AUGGACAAGGAUGAUGAAGUAGUACUUCAGUGUGUUGCCAACAUUCAGAAAGAACAGCGAAAGUUCUGCCUGGCAGCUGAGGGACUUGGGAAUCGCCUGUGCUUUUUGGAACCAACUUCAGAAGCUAAAUAUGUGCCUCCAGAUCUUUGCAUCUGUAAUUUUGUGCUGGAGCAGUCUCUUUCUGUCAGAGCCCUACAGGAAAUGCUGGCCAACACAGGGGAAAAUGCCAGUGAAGGGGCAGUUCAAGGAGGUGGUCACAGAACCCUGCUGUAUGGCCAUGCUAUACUACUUCGGCAUUCGUUCAGUGGAAUGUAUUUGACUUGUUUGUCAACAUCAAGAUCCCAGACAGAUAAACUUGCAUUUGAUGUGGGGUUACAAGAAAAUGCAGCAGGUGAGGCAUGCUGGUGGACAAUACAUCCUGCUUCGAAACAGAGGUCAGAAGGAGAAAAAGUUCGAAUUGGCGAUGAUCUUAUCCUGGUCAGUGUGUCCUCUGAAAGAUAUCUGCAUCUCUCCAUGUCAAAUGGAAAUGUUCAGGUGGAUGCCUCCUUUAUGCAAACACUCUGGAACGUCCAUCCUACAUGCUCAGGAAGUAGCACUGAAGAAGGAUUUCUACUUGGUGGGCAUGUAGUACGUUUUUUUCAUGGCCAUGAUGAGUGUUUGACAAUCCCAUCUACAGACCAGAGUGAUUCACAGCAGAAGAGGGUAUUGUAUGAAAUAGGAGGAGCUGGUGUUCGUGCAAGAUCCUUGUGGAGAGUGGAACCCCUUCGUAUAAGUUGGAGUGGCAGUUACAUCAAAUGGGGACAACCUUUCCGCCUUCGACACAUUACAACAGGACAGUACUUGGCACUUACUGAAGAACAAGGUCUUUCACUUUUAGACAGAGGGAAGUCAGACACAAAAUCUACUUCCUUUUGUUUUAGAGCAUCAAAGGAAAAACUGGAAACCGUUCAUAAACGGGACAUAGAAGGCAUGGGAGUUGCCGAAAUAAAGUAUGGUGAUUCCAUUUGUUUUGUCCAGCAUGUAACCAGUGCAUUGUGGCUGACUUAUCAAGCACAGGAUGCUAAAGCACCACGUUUAGGACCCUUGAAAAGAAAGGUUAUAUUACACCAAGAAGGACAUAUGGAUGAUGGUCUAACAUUACAAAGGUGUCAACACGAAGAAUCCCAGGCUGCUCGAAUCAUUCGCAAUACUUCCAGCUUAUUUAGCCAAUUUAUAAGUGGAAACAACAGAACAGCAGCACCCAUCGCCCUGCCUAUUGAGGAGGUACUUGAGACCCUGCAAGACCUGAUUACUUAUUUCCAGCCUCCAGAAGAAGAACUAGAACAUGAAGAUAAGCAAAACAAACUUCGCUCACUCAAAAACAGACAAAAUUUGUUCAAAGAAGAGGGAAUGCUGGCACUAGUUUUGAACUGCAUCGAUCGCUUAAACGUCUACAACAGUGCAGCUCAUUUUGCAGGAGUUGCAAGGGAGGAAAGUGGAACAGCAUGGAAGGAAAUUCUGAAUCUCCUUUACAAAUUGCUAGCUGCCCUCAUUCGUGGUAACAGAAAUAACUGCACCCAGUUUUCCAAUAACCUCGACUGGCUAAUCAGUAAAUUGGAUAGACUAGAAUCUUCCUCAGGUAUUUUGGAAGUAUUACACUGCAUCUUGAUUGAAAGUCCAGAGGCUUUAAAUUUGAUAGCAGAGGAACAUAUCAAGUCUAUUAUUUCAUUGCUGGAUAAGCAUGGACGCAAUCACAAGGUUCUUGAUGUGCUUUGCUCUCUGUGUCUCUGUAAUGGAGUUGCAGUGCGUGCCAAUCAGAACUGUAUCUGCGACAAUCUACUCCCCCGAAGAGAUUUGCUCUUGCAAACCCGUUUGAUUAAUGAUGUGACAAGCAUGAGGCCAAACAUAUUUUUGGGGGUUGCUGAAGGCUCUGCACAGUAUAAGAAGUGGUACUUUGAACUAAUAAUCGAUCAAGUAGACGCAUUUUUGACGGCGGAACCCACUCAUCUACGGGUUGGCUGGGCCUCUACAUCAGGUUAUGCUCCUUAUCCUGGAGGUGGAGAAGGAUGGGGUGGCAAUGGUGUUGGUGAUGACCUCUACUCCUAUGGUUUUGAUGGCCUUCAUUUGUGGUCUGGUCGAGUACCCCGAGCUGUAGCGUCUGUCAAUCAGCAUUUGUUGGCAUCUGAUGACGUAGUUAGCUGCUGCUUGGAUUUAGGGGUGCCCAGUAUUUCAUUCCGCAUUAAUGGGCAACCUGUACAGGGAAUGUUUGAGAACUUCAGUGUCGAUGGACUUUUCUAUCCUGUGGUGAGCUUCUCUGCAGGUAUCAAGGUUCGUUUCCUACUGGGUGGACGUCAUGGAGAGUUUAAGUUCCUGCCUCCCACUGGAUAUGCUCCCUGCUAUGAAGCUUUGCUUCCAAAAGAGAAGAUGAAAUUGGAACCAGUAAAAGAGUAUAAGAGAGAUUCUGAUGGAGUUAGGGAUUUGCUGGGUACAACACAAUUCCUCUCCCAAGCUUCCUUCAUUCCUUGUCCAAUAGAUACCACUCAGAUUGUUUUGCCUCUUCACCUUGAAAAGAUCAGGGACAAGUUGGCUGAAAAUAUCCAUGAACUAUGGGGAAUGAAUAAAAUAGAACUUGGCUGGACCUAUGGCAAGAUACGGGAUGAUAAUAAAAGACAACACCCUUGUCUCGUGGAGUUCUCAAAAUUACCUGAAACAGAGAAGAAUUAUAACCUACAAAUGUCAACAGAAACCCUAAAAACUCUUUUGGCCCUUGGAUGUCAUAUUGUGCAUGCUAAUCUGGCAGCUGAGGAAGAUCUUAAGAAAGUAAAACUUCCUAAAAAUUACAUGAUGUCAAAUGGGUAUAAACCUGCCCCUCUAGAUCUUUCUGAAGUGAAAUUGUUACCUUCUCAAGAAGUUUUAGUUGAUAAACUUGCAGAGAACGCACAUAAUGUCUGGGCAAAAGACAGAAUAAAACAAGGAUGGACCUAUGGCAUUCAGCAGGACCUUAAGAACAAACGAAAUCCUCGACUGGUGCCAUAUGCAUUAUUAGAUGAGCGUACUAAGAAAUCAAAUAGAGACAGUCUUCGUGAAGCUGUUCGGACUUUUGCUGGUUAUGGAUAUAAUAUUGAGCCACCAGACCAAGAACUAGCUGACCAAACUGUGGCAAAAGUCAGCAUUGAUAAGAUACGUUUCUUCAGGGUAGAACAGUCUUAUGCAGUGACAUCUGGAAAGUGGUACUUUGAGUUUGAAGCUGUGACUGGUGGAGAUAUGCGUGUUGGCUGGGCAAGGCCAGGCUGCCGGCCGGACAUAGAAUUGGGAGCUGAUGACCAAGCAUUUGUGUUUGAAGGCAGCAGAGGCCAGCGUUGGCAUCUAGGCAGUGGAUUCUUUGGACGAAACUGGCAACCAGGAGAUGUCGUUGGUUGUAUGAUAAACUUAGAUGACAAGUCCAUGAUCUUUACUCUGAAUGGGGAGUUGCUUAUAACCAAUAAAGGUUCAGAACUUGCCUUUGCAGACUUUGAAAUAGAAAAGGGUUUAGUCCCAAUUUGCUCACUGGGUCUGUCUCAGAUUGGCCGUAUGAACCUUGGAAUGAAUGCCAGCACCUUCAAGUAUUAUACAAUGUGCGGCCUUCAAGAGGGUUUUGAACCUUUUGCUGUCAACAUGAACCGAGAUGUUGCUAUGUGGUUUAGCAAACGCUUACCAACUUUUGUCAACGUGCCAAAAAAUCAUGCUCAUAUUGAGAUAACGAGAAUCGAUGGAACCAUUGACAGCCCACCUUGCUUGAAAGUGACCCACAAGACAUUUGGCACACAGAACAGCAAUGCAGACAUGAUAUAUUGCCGUUUGAGCAUGCCCAUUGAGUUCCAUUCAUCCUUUAACUAUGGCACUGGUGUGACAAGUGCAUCUGCUGAUGCUUUCCAAAAAAGAAAACAGAACCAAGAAACUGCUCUUCACACUACAACAUACUAUUACUCAGUGCGAAUAUUUGCUGGUCAAGACCCAUCCUCUGUCUGGGUUGGCUGGGUAACACCUGACUACCACUAUUACAGUGAAAAUUUCGACCUAAACAAAAAUAGCACAGUGACAGUUACUUUAGGUGAUGAAAGAGGCAGGGUUCACGAAAGUGUGAAGCGCAGUAACUGCUACAUGGUUUGGGGUGGAGACACUUUUGCUAAUUCCCAGAGAUCAAGUCGCAGUAAUGUUGAUUUAGAAAUUGGAUGCCUUGUUGACCUGGGUACUGGAACGUUGUCAUUCACAGCCAAUGGAAAAGACCUUGGCACUUGUUAUCAGGUUGAACCAACCACAAAAUUAUUUCCAGCAGUUUUUAUACAACCUAUGAGCACAAAUUUGUUUCAUUUCGAACUUGGUAAAUUAAAGAACACCAUGCCUUUAUCAGCAGCCAUCUUUAAAAGUGAAGAGAAAAAUCCCAUUCCUCAGUGCCCCCCACGCCUUGAUGUGCAAACAAUUACACCUGUGCUCUGGAGCAGAAUGCCUAACAGCUUCCUGAAGGUGGAGACUGAGCGUAUCAGUGAACGCCAUGGUUGGGUAGUGCAGUGUCUGGAGCCACUGCAAAUGAUGGCACUUCAUAUUCCAGAGGAGAACAGGUGUGUUGAUAUAUUGGAGCUAUGUGAACAAGAGGAUUUGCUGCAAUUCCACUACCACACUUUAAAACUCUAUAGCUCAGUUUGUGCACUGGGUAAUAAUAGAGUUGCUUAUGCACUUUGUAGCCAUGUGGACCUAUCUCAGUUAUUUUACACAAUAGAUAAUCAGUAUUUACCUGGACUCUUACGCGCCGGAUUCUAUGAUCUACUUAUCAGUAUUCAUUUGGAACGUGCCAAAGAAGCCAAGCUUAUGAUGAACAAUGAAUUUAUCAUUCCAAUUACAGAUGAAACUAGAAAAAUUGAAUUAUAUCCUGAUGAAUCAAAGAGACAUGGGUUACCAGGAGUUGGGCUUAGCACUUGUUUGAAACCAGGUUUUAAUUUUUCUACUCCUUGUUUCAUUGUGGCCAGUGAAGAACAUCAGAAGCCCAGUCCAGAGAUACCACUUGAGAUACUCAAAACCAAGGCCAUAAGCAUGCUGACAGAGGCAGUACACUGUAGUGGUGUUCAUAUUCGAGACCCUGUUGGAGGAAAAGUUGAAUUCCAGUUUGUUCCUGUUCUUAAACUUAUAGGAACUUUACUUGUAAUGGGGGUUUUUGAUGAUGAUGAUGUGAAACAGAUUUUACUCCUUAUUGAUCCCAAUGUGUUUGGAGAGCACAAGGAAGAAACAGAAGAGAAAACGGAUAAGGAGGAAGUUACACAGAUUGAAGAAAAAGCUGUGGAAGCUGGGGAAGAGGCAUUAAAGGAAACUAAACCGCCGAUGAAAGGCUUAGUGCAGACAAGAUUACCUGAAUCUGUUAAACUCCAGAUGUGUGAGCUACUCAAUUAUUUCUGUGACUGUGAGCUGCGACACAGGGUUGAAGCUAUUGUAUCGUUUGCAGAUAAUUAUGUGUCAAAGCUGCAAUAUAAUCAGAAAUACAGGUACAAUGAACUCAUGCAAGCAUUAAACAUGUCUGCUGCUUUGACUGCCAAGAAGACGAAGGAAUUUCGCUCUCCCCCUCAAGAACAGAUUAAUAUGUUGCUAAAUUUUCAACUGAGAGAAGAUUGUCCCUGUCCAGAGGAGAUUCGGGAAGAGCUAUAUGAGUUUCACGAUGAUCUUCUAAUUCACUGUGGUAUUCCACUCGAAGAAGAAGAGGAGAUGGAUGAAGACACUUCCUGGAUGGGCAAACUUCGUUCACUGAUAUACAAAAUCAAAGGCCCACCAAAAGCAGAAAAAAAAGAGCCUACAGAGGUGGAGGAAAAGUCUCCCACUACUUUGAAGGAACUCAUAUCUCAGACUAUGGUGCGCUGGGCUCAGGAAGACCAGAUCCAAGAUCCAGAAUUAGUCCGGAUUAUGUUCAACCUACUUCGUAGGCAAUAUGACAGCAUCGGUGAGCUACUGCAGGCUCUGAGGAAGGCCUACACUAUUAGUGCUGCUUCUGUGCAGGAUACAAUCAAUUUACUAGCAGCACUAGGCCAGAUUCGCUCCCUUCUCAGUGUCAGAAUGGGAAAAGAAGAGGAAUUGCUUAUGAUUAAUGGAUUAGGGGAUAUAAUGAACAACAAGGUGUUUUAUCAGCAUCCUAACUUAAUGAGAAUCCUUGGUAUGCAUGAGACAGUUAUGGAAGUGAUGGUAAAUGUGCUUGGAGGAGAUAAAUCUCAGCAGAUCGCUUUUCCUAAGAUGGUGGCAAGCUGUUGUCGGUUCCUGUGCUACUUCUGUCGAAUCAGCCGCCAAAACCAAAAGGCCAUGUUUGAGCAUCUAAGUUACUUGCUGGAAAACAGCAGUGUUGGGCUUGCAUCUCCUUCUAUGCGGGGUUCCACUCCACUAGAUGUUGCAGCUGCCUCUGUAAUGGACAAUAAUGAGCUUGCACUAGCUUUGGAAGAGCCAGACCUGGAAAAGGUUGUCACCUACUUGGCUGGUUGUGGGCUUCAGAGCUGCCCUAUGCUGGUAGCUAAAGGAUAUCCUGACAUUGGAUGGAAUCCAAUAGAGGGUGAACGUUACCUGUCAUUCUUAAGAUUUGCUGUCUUUGUUAACAGUGAAAGUGUUGAGGAAAAUGCUAGUGUUGUUGUCAAGCUCCUUAUUCGACGCCCAGAAUGCUUUGGGCCAGCUCUUAGAGGAGAAGGAGGAAAUGGUUUGCUGGCAGCUAUGCAAGGAGCUAUUAAGAUCUCAGAGAACCCAACUCUUGACCUUCCAUCUCAGUGCUAUAAAAGAGAAGUUGUUGAAGAAGAGGAGGAAGAAGAGAUUGUGCACAUGGGCAAUGCCAUCAUGUCCUUUUAUUCAGCUCUGAUAGACUUGCUUGGACGCUGUGCACCAGAAAUGCAUCUUAUCCAAACUGGGAAAGGAGAAGCUAUUCGAAUCAGGUCAAUUCUUCGUUCUCUUGUGCCAACAGAAGAUUUGGUUGGGAUUAUAAGUAUACCACUAAAGCUAUCAACAGUUAACAAAGAUGGUACAGUCAACGAGCCAGACAUGUCUGCAAGUUUCUGUCCUGACCAUAAAGCACCCAUGGUGCUGUUUUUGGACCGUGUCUAUGGUAUUAAGGACCAAAGCUUCCUCCUCCACCUUCUGGAGGUUGGAUUUUUACAAGACUUAAGAGCAUCUGCCUCUCUGGAUACAGUAUCCCUGAGCACCACAGAGGCAGCUCUUGCACUAAAUAGAUAUAUUUGCUCAUCUGUGCUUCCGUUACUAACAAGAUGUGCUCCCCUCUUUUCCGGAACGGAGCAUUAUGCCUCUCUGAUUGAUUCAACACUUCACACAAUAUAUAGACUAUCCAAGGGACGGUCCCUUACAAAAGCACAAAGAGAUACUAUUGAAGAAUGCUUGCUUGCUAUAUGCCACCAUUUACGUCCCUCUAUGCUACAGCAGCUAUUACGACGGCUAGUUUUUGAUGUGCCCUUACUUAAUGAAUACUGUAAAAUGCCACUCAAGCUUCUAACAAAUCAUUAUGAGCAAUUAUGGAAAUAUUACUGCCUACCUUCUGGAUUGGGGAGUUACGGAAUUGCAGCAGAAGAAGAGUUACAUUUAACUGAGAAACUUUUCUGGGGAAUUUUUGAUUCCCUCUCUCAUAAGAAGUAUGAUCCAGAGCUCUUCCGAAUGGCCUUGCCUUGUCUAAGUGCGAUAGCUGGGGCUUUGCCUCCAGAUUAUUUAGACACCAGAAUUAGAGUAACUUUGAAAAAGCAGACUUCAGUGGAUCCAGAGGGAAACUUUGAUCCCAAACCUAUCAAUACAAUCAACCUUACUCUUCCUGAAAAAUUGGAGUAUAUUGUUAGCAAGUAUGCUGAACAUUCUCAUGACAAAUGGGCCUGUGACAAGAGUAAUAGUGGAUGGAAAUAUGGUGUUUCACUGGAUGAAAAUAUGAAGACACAUCCGUUAAUAAGGCCUUUCAAAACAUUAACUGAAAAGGAAAAGGAAAUUUAUCGUUGGCCUGCCAGAGAAUCGCUUAAAACCAUGUUAGCCAUGGGAUGGAGUCUAGAAAGGACCAAGGAAGGAGAAGCAAUGGUACAGCAGCGUGAAAAUGAAAAGCUCCGCAGCAUAUCACAGUCUAGCCAAGGAAAUGGAUACAGCCCAACACCACUUGAUCUUUCUAAUGUUGUACUCUCUAGGGAGCUCCAGGGAAUGGUUGAGGUAGUAGCAGAAAACUAUCAUAACAUUUGGGCCAGAAAGAAGAAAAUGGAAUUGGAGAGCAAAGGAGGAGGUAGUCAUCCUUUACUGGUACCUUAUGACACCUUGACAGCCAAGGAGAAGUCUCGGGACCGGGAGAAGGCACAAGAGCUGUUUAAAUUCCUUCAAAUGAAUGGCAUUGUUGUAUCUAGGGGUCUGAAAGACAUGGAUUUGGAUGCAUCAUCCAUGGAAAAGAGGUUUGCAUUUAAGUUUUUGAAGAAGAUUCUAAAAUAUGUUGACUCUGCUCAAGAGUUCAUUGCACAUUUGGAAGCCAUUGUCACCAGUGGAAAAACAGAGAAAUCGCCACAUGACCAAGAAAUUAAAUUCUUUGCCAAAGUUCUCCUACCAUUAGUUGACCAGUACUUUACCAAUCACUGCCUGUACUUCCUGUCUUCUCCAAUUAAGUCACUCAGUAGCAGUGGAUAUGCUUCCAAUAAGGAAAAAGAAAUGUUGGCAAGCCUAUUCUGCAAACUUGCUGCUCUUGUUAGACAUAGGAUUUCACUUUUUGGGAGUGAUGCUACUACAAUGGUGAGCUGCCUCCACAUCUUGGCUCAGACACUGGAUACACGAACCGUCAUGAAAUCAGGCUCAGAGUUGGUUAAAGCUGGAUUACGUGCAUUCUUUGAAAAUGCGGCUGAAGAUCUGGAAAAGACAUUAGAAAAUCUUAAACUUGGAAAAUUUACCCAUUCACGAACACAAAUUAAAGGUGUCUCACAGAACAUCAACUAUACUACAGUGGCAUUGUUGCCUAUAUUGACAUCAAUUUUUGAACAUAUUGCGCAGCAUCAGUUUGGUGUUGAUUUACUUUUGGGUGAUGUGCAAGUUUCAUGUUAUAGAAUUCUUUGUAGCCUAUAUUCCCUUGGGACUGGAAAGAACAUCUAUGUUGAAAGACAGCGUCCAGCACUUGGUGAGUGCUUAGCAUCCCUUGCAGCAGCCAUUCCAGUAGCAUUCCUUGAACCUUCUCUGAACAGUUACAACCCACUCUCUGUCUUCAACACAAAAACUGCCAGAGAGAGAGCCAUUUUAGGUAUGCCAGAUACAGUUGAAGAGAUGUGUCCAGAUAUCCCUCAGCUAGAUGGAUUAAUGAAGGAAAUUAAUGAUUUAGCAGAGUCUGGGGCCAGAUACACUGAAAUGCCCCACGUGAUUGAGGUUACCUUACCUAUGCUAUGCAACUAUUUAUCCUACUGGUGGGAAAGAGGGUCUGAGAAUAUGCCUAAAAGUGCUGGACCCUGCUGUACAAUGGUAACCUCUGAGCAACUCAGCAUCAUUCUGGGAAACAUUCUGAAGAUCAUCAACAACAACCUGGGAAUAGAUGAAGCAUCUUGGAUGAAGAGAAUUGCAGUUUAUGCUCAGCCUAUCAUCAGCAAAGCCAGGCCUGAUCUGUUGAAAACCCACUUUAUUCCAACUCUGGAGAAACUAAAGAAGAAAGCUAUAAAGAUAGUAAUGGAGGAGGAGCAACUAAGAGCAGACAGUAAAAGUGAUACCCAAGAAGCAGAGCUACUCAUUCUAGAUGAGUUUGCAGUUCUUUGCCGAGACCUCUAUGCCUUCUAUCCAAUGCUGAUACGUUAUGUAGACAACAACAGAGCAAAUUGGCUCAAGAAACCAGAUGCAGAUUCUGAUGAACUCUUCCAAAUGGUAGCUGAGGUUUUUAUCUUGUGGUGUAAAUCACAUAACUUCAAGAGAGAAGAACAAAAUUUUGUGAUUCAGAAUGAAAUCAACAAUUUGGCAUUUUUAACAGGCGACAGCAAGAGCAAGAUGUCUAAACAGAUUGCUCGGAGGGGAAUGGCCAUGCAAGUAAAGUCUGGAGGACAAGACCAAGAGCGAAAGAAAUUGAAGCGUAGAGGGGAUUUGUAUUCAAUACAGACAUCCUUGAUUGUAGCUGCACUUAAAAAGAUGCUUCCUAUUGGUUUGAAUAUGUGCACUCCUGGAGAUCAAGAGCUGAUUUCUUUGGCUAAGAUUAGAUACAGUCAUAGGGACACAGACGAAGAAGUCAAAGAACAUUUACGUAACAACUUGCAUUUGCAGGAAAAGUCUGAUGACCCAGCUGUGAAAUGGCAGUUGAACCUGUACAAGGACAUUUUGAAAAGUGAGGAGCCUGCUGAUCCUGAGAAAGCCGUGGAACGGGUGCAGAGAAUCUCAGCAGCUGUCUAUCAUCUGGAGCAGGUCGAGCAACCAUUAAGAUCAAAAAAAGCUGUUUGGCACAAACUCUUGUCAAAACAACGCAAAAGGGCCGUUGUUGCUUGUUUCAGGAUGGCACCAUUGUACAAUCUGCCAAGGCACCGUUCUAUUAACCUCUUCCUCCAUGGUUAUCAGAACUAUUGGAUAGAAACAGAGGAAUAUUCAUUUGAGGAGAAACUAGUUCAAGAUUUGGCUACACCUCCAAAAAAGGAUGAGGAGGAGGUGGAAGAGACUGAAAAACACCCUGAUCCACUUCAUCAGAUUAUCCUCCAUUUCAGUCGCAAUGCUCUCACUGAGAGAAGCAAACUAGAUGAUGAUCCUUUGUACACUGCCUAUUCAGCCAUGAUGGCCAAGAGCUGUCAAAGUGAAGAAGAGGAAGAAGAGGAUGAAGAAAAAGAGAAGACAUUUGAGGAGAAAGAAAUGGAAAAGCAGAAAACUCUUUAUCAGCAAGCUCGUCUGCACGACCGUGGAGCUGCUGAGAUGGUUCUUCAGAUGAUUAGUGCAAGCAAAGGUGAACUGGGCCCCAUGGUUAUUGAAACAUUAAAACUUGGCAUUGCCAUUCUAAAUGCUGGUAAUACCUUAGUUCAGCAGAAAAUGUUAGACUACCUUAAAGAGAAGAAGGAUGCUGGAUUUUUUCAGAGUCUCUCUGGCUUAAUGCAAUCUUGCAGUGUUCUUGACUUGAAUGCAUUUGAAAGACAGAAUAAAGCAGAAGGUCUUGGAAUGGUUACUGAAGAAGGAACUCUCAUCGUUCGUGAGCGUGGUGAGAAAGUGCUACAGAAUGAUGAGUUUACUCGAGAUCUGUUUAGAUUUUUACAGCUGCUUUGUGAAGGUCAUAACAAUGAUUUUCAGAAUUUCCUACGUACUCAGAUGGGCAACACUACAACCGUGAAUAUUAUUAUCAGCACUGUUGACUAUCUCUUACGUCUUCAGGAAUCAAUUAGUGACUUCUAUUGGUACUAUUCAGGAAAAAACGUGAUUGAUGAAUCUGGACAGCGUAACUUCUCUAAAGCUUUGGCUGUUACCAAACAAAUUUUCAACUCACUUACAGAAUAUAUCCAGGGACCUUGCAUAGGUAACCAGCAGAGUCUGGCUCACAGUAGGCUGUGGGAUGCAGUUGUUGGCUUCCUUCAUGUCUUUGCUAACAUGCAAAUGAAACUCUCUAAGGAUUCCAGUCAGAUUGAAUUACUUAAGGAAUUGUUGGAUCUCCUGAAGGAUAUGGUUGUGAUGCUGUUGUCACUACUUGAAGGUAAUGUUGUAAAUGGGACUAUUGGAAAACAGAUGGUGGACACACUGGUAGAAUCAUCUAGUAAUGUAGAAAUGAUCUUGAAGUUCUUCGACAUGUUCCUCAAAUUGAAAGACCUAACCAGCUCAGAUGCUUUCAAAGACUAUGAUCCAGAUGGUAAAGGCAUCAUCUCAAAGAAAGAAUUCCAGAAAGCAAUGGAAGGUCAGAAACAAUACACACAGUCAGAACUUGAAUUCCUUCUGUCCUGUGCAGAAGCUGAUGAAAAUGACAUGUUUAAUUAUGUUGAUUUUGUGGACAGAUUCCAUGAGCCAGCCAAAGACAUUGGAUUUAAUGUGGCAGUCUUGUUAACUAACCUUUCAGAGCACAUGCCAAAUGAUUCACGCCUUCAGUGCUUACUAGAUCCAGCAGCAAGUGUACUUAAUUACUUUGAACCUUACCUUGGCCGUAUUGAAAUAAUGGGUGGAGCCAAGAAAAUUGAAAGAGUUUACUUUGAAAUCAGUGAGUCCAGUAGAAUGCAGUGGGAGAAGCCACAGGUGAAAGAAUCCAAAAGGCAGUUCAUAUUUGAUGUUGUAAACGAAGGCGGGGAACAAGAGAAAAUGGAGCUGUUUGUGAAUUUCUGUGAGGACACAAUCUUUGAAAUGCAGUUAGCUUCUCAGAUCUCUGAAUCAGAUUCAGCUGAACGACCUGAAGAGGAGGAAGAGGAUGAGCCUUAUUAUGUAAUGGAAGUUGGAGAUGACGAGGAAGAAGAAAAAUCUCUGGAAUCAGCUUCAGCUUUUGCAAUGGCCUGUGUUGCACUGAAGAGGAAUGCUGCCAACUUUUUAAAAAUGGUCACUUUAAGGAACCUUAGGAAACAAUACAGAAAAGUUAGAAAGAUGACUAUAAAGGAAUUGGUGAAAGUGUUUUUCUCCUUUUUCUGGAUGCUAUUUGUAGGGUUAUUCCAGUUGUUCUUCACCAUCGUAUGGGGGAUUUUCCAGAUUCUCUGGAGUACUGUGUUUGGGGGUGGCUUGGUUGAAGGAGCCAAAAACAUCAAAGUUACCAAAAUAUUAGGGGACAUGCCUGACCCAACACAGUUUGGAAUCCAUGAUGACAUCAUGGAAGCUGAGAAGGUUGAAGGCAUUGAGCAUGGCAUUAGAGUUGAACUUGUGCAGUUUGUGAAAGGUGAAAAAGGAGAAACAGACAUAAUGUCGGAUAUUUUUGGCAUUCAUGCAAAGAAAGAAGGUGGCUCAAAACAUGGUCAUGAUGCUGGGCUCGGUGAUGUUGCAGAAAUAGUUGGUACAGAUACUCCUCCCUCUUUGGAAAGCACUGUUCGUAGGAAAAGAAAAGCACAGAUAUCUGAAAUAGCAAAAGAAGAUGAAACAGAAACAAAAGCAGAAUCCGAGAAGGCUGACAUGGAAGAUGGUGAGAAAGAAGACAAAGCAAAGGAAGAAGUACAAUCUGAGCAGUUGGGAAAGGAGGAAACCAAGAAAAAGAAACGAAGGCAUGGACAAAAAAUAGAGAAACCUGAGGCAGUUAUGGCUAAUUUUUUUAAAGUCGUGGAAAUUUAUCAAACGAAAAUGCUGCAUUACUUGGCUAGAAAUUUCUACAACUUAAGAUUUCUUGCUCUGUUUGUUGCAUUUGCCAUCAACUUUAUACUGCUAUUCUACAAGGUGACAGAAGAACCAUUAGAUGAGUUAGAGGAAGACUCUGAUCUGUGGAACUCAUUUGAAGAAGAGGAAGAGGAAGAGGGAGUGGUGUUUUUUGUUUUACAAGAGAGUACAGGUUACAUGGCACCAACACUCAGGGCUCUAGCAGUUAUUCAUACUAUCAUCUCCUUUGUCUGUGUGAUUGGAUACUAUUGUCUAAAGGUUCCCCUGGUUGUAUUUAAGCGCGAAAAGGAAAUCGCCAGGAAGUUGGAAUUUGAUGGUCUGUACAUUACAGAACAGCCCUCAGAGGAUGACAUUAAAGGACAAUGGGAUCGCCUGGUCAUAAACACUCCAUCCUUUCCUAACAAUUACUGGGACAAGUUUGUAAAACGGAAGGUUAUUAACAAAUAUGGUGAUUUGUAUGGAGCAGAGCGCAUAGCUGAACUCUUGGGGUUGGACAAAAAUGCUCUUGAUUUCAGUCCAGUGGAAGAGACUGAACCAGAGGAAGCAUCUCUUGUAUCAUGGUUAAGCUCUAUUGAUACAAAGUACCACAUCUGGAAGCUUGGAGUUGUUUUCACUGACAAUUCCUUCUUGUACUUAGCUUGGUACACAACUAUGUCUAUCCUUGGCCAUUACAACAACUUCUUCUUUGCUGCUCACUUGCUGGAUAUUGCUAUGGGUUUCAAGACUCUUCGAACCAUUCUGUCUUCUGUAACUCACAAUGGCAAACAGCUUGUACUGACUGUAGGAUUGUUGGCUGUAGUAGUCUACCUUUACACUGUUGUGGCAUUCAACUUCUUCCGCAAGUUUUACAACAAAAGCGAAGAUGAAGAUGAGCCAGACAUGAAAUGUGAUGACAUGAUGACAUGUUACCUGUUCCACAUGUAUGUGGGUGUCAGAGCUGGUGGUGGCAUUGGGGAUGAAAUUGAAGACCCUGCUGGGGACCCUUAUGAAAUGUAUCGAAUUGUCUUUGACAUUACGUUUUUCUUCUUCGUCAUUGUCAUCCUACUGGCUAUCAUUCAAGGUCUGAUUAUUGAUGCCUUUGGUGAAUUAAGAGAUCAGCAAGAACAAGUGAGAGAAGAUAUGGAGACCAAAUGUUUCAUUUGUGGAAUUGGUAAUGACUAUUUUGACACGACCCCACAUGGUUUUGAAAUGCAUACUUUACAAGAGCACAACUUGGCAAACUAUCUCUUCUUUCUAAUGUAUCUCAUUAAUAAGGAUGAAACUGAGCACACUGGUCAGGAAUCAUUUGUAUGGAAAAUGUACCAAGAAAGAUGCUGGGAUUUCUUCCCAGCUGGAGAUUGCUUCCGUAAACAAUAUGAGGAUCAACUUGGAUAAACUUAUCAUGAAAGAAGCUAAUAUGUUAAUGAAAUGUAAAACCCAGUAAAAAUUAAAAACUUACCUUUUAUAGUGUAAUUCAAAGGUCACAUUUGUUUACCAUCUCUUUACUGUGAACUUGUUUAAAACCAUCCACUUAGGAUUUUUGUGCCUAGCAGAUAAGACAAGGGCCUUAUAGUCUGGAUUUCAAUUUUCCUUUUGGAAAAAAAAGGGGGGGGGGAGGGGAAAUCUAUACAUUGAAGACUUAGUUACCUUAAACUUUCCAAUUCAAACAGAGACUGAAAUUGUAACUGUUUUUGACCCAAUGUUUGGUGGUAUAGUUGAAAGGGCUAAAAGAGACAUCAUUUCUUAAAUGCACAAUAUCUGAAUCUUAAGCACUUGAAUGUCAGGUGACUAUGACUCACAUUGUGAAAUUAAACAUUUUAACUGCAGUCUAAUUUUUCCCUUGGUAUUUGCUAGUGAAUGUAUCAAGAUACAGCUUGAAAAGCUUUAAGCAGUCAAAGAAAAAUUUUCAAACACUUUAUCGACCUUGAAAUAUCGAUUAAGUGCCUUAAAACCUCUGUAGACAUAGCUAUGCAAGGUUUUUAUUUAUGUUAGUGUUUUAGAUUGACAGUUCUAUUAAUUAGUUGUGUUGCUUUUCCAUCGUACUGUAUGAAAUUGCACUUGAAGGUUAUUCAUAUACUUCUUUCAAUAACAGCUGGUAAGAUGCUGCUGUUAAAAGGCCAAAAUUAAAUAAUGCUUUACGGUCAUCUGUAAGUAGUGAAGUUGCUACCUUUAUGCAUUUUUCUUCAAAUAAAAUUAAAUGCCCGCUGCAAUAACCAAAUAAAUAGUAAUUGGGUUGUCUUUG